AUGAACAAAAGAAAGGAGGUAGCAGAUCCGAAAUUUAAAGACUUAAGAGCUAAUAACUACCUUUUCCAGACCAUCGAUUGCUCAAUUCAAGAGACUAUUUUGGAUAAAGAAAGGAAAGGAAUUUGGGAUUCCAUGAAGAAAAAAUUCCAAGGAAAUACAAAGGUGAAACGAGCACAACUACAGGCUCUAUGCAAGAACUUUAAGAUCCUUCAUAUGAAGGAAGGUGAGACUUUUUCUGAUUUCUUUUCUCGUAAUCUCACCAUUGCUAAUAAAAUGUGUUUUCAUGGUGAAAAGAUGGGUGAUGUUAGCAUUAUUGAGAAAAUUCUGCACUCCGUGACUUCAAAGUUUGAUUACGUGGCUUGCUUCAUUGAAGAAUCCAAUGAUUUGGACAUCAUGACCAUUGAUAAAUUGCAGAGUAGUCUACUGGUAAAUGAACAACGUAUGAAAAGACAUACUGUAGAAGAGCAGACAUUGAAGAUCGCUCUUGACAGCCGUACAAGGAGAACAAAUCGUGGGGUGGCACAUUUCGAGGUAGAGGACGAGGACGUGGGAGACCAGGUUUUAACAAAAACUCUUGUCGAGUGUUUUUAUUGUCAUGACCUCGAUCAUUUUCAGUAUGAAUGUCCCAAGAAGAAUAAGGGAAAGGAAUCACAAGCUCAUUUUGCUUGA